AUGCCCCAUGAGAGGCUGUGGCUGGAGCAUUUCCAGCAGGCCGAGGACAUCCUGCUGACCCUGCUGGAGGAUGCCCAGGCCAGGAAGCCCUGCUUCCUUGUGGACUAUGCCAGGAACUUGGAAGCCUUCGAGUUUUCUCUCUGUGCCUCUGAGGAUGCUGUCACUAUAUAAGUCCCUCUGUGGACUCACAGUGAUGCCCUGCAGGUGCUGGAGUACUGGCCUGGGGACACCCCAGUCAGGCACCAUCUGGGACUGGACACCUGCGAUAUCUGGAAGUGUAUGGGGGCCAACUUAGAGGACUGGACCAGCGCUGCAUAUGUGAUGGAGCAGGAGGGUGGUGCGGGAUGCCUGGUUUUGUCAGUCCUCCAGUACCUGAAAACACUUCUUGUUUUGGCCAUUGUGCAUUGCCAAUGCUGCUUCCUGCUUCAGCCAGGUGUUGAUCUCAGCACUGAAAAUCUGCAGGAAGAUGCUGUGGUGCUCUCCCUGCUGAUCCAUGAUGGCUGGAAGACCAUCCGCUUUGACAUUGUCUCUGUGGUGAAGAGGUGGCAGGAGCUGCUCCAGCUCAAGGGGCAGCAGAGUGAGGGCUUCCUUGAAUACAGCCUCUGAAAGGCCCCAGAAGAGGCCCACUACAUCCCUGCCUCUCCCCAUUGCUGCUACUGUGAGGAUACAGGUCUCCCAGUUUCUCAAGCCAGAUCCUUCACUGCGCACAUUGAUAGCUGGCAGGCAGACCCCAGCACCCGAGCCCUCCUGCUGCUACCCACUGAGGACAGGUCCUACUGGGACACAGGCUGCUUUGACAUCCUGCUCAGCCAUUUCCAGAUGUACCAGAUCCAGGAUGGUGCACACCACUCUGGAAUGUGCCAGCUUCUCUUCAAGAUCCAGUGA